UGCUGAAGAUCGUGCUGUGUCUGCUCCAAGUGUCAGAUCCCUGUUCCCCCUCACCUGCUCAUCCUGAGGACUGCAGCAAGCCUCUGGCAUGGAGGGGUGGGGAUGCCAGGAGGACCCUGCAGAGUAUUGUGCAGGAGGCUACUACCCUGUGCAGAAGGGAGAUACAUUCAGUGGAAGAUACCAGGUGGUGCACAAGCUAGGCUGUGGCUACUUCUCUACAGUCUGGUUGUGUCAGGACAUGGUGGAGAAGAGGCGUGUAGCUGUGAAGGUGGCCAAGGGUGGGGAGAGCUUUGCUGAGGCUGCUCAGGAUGAAAUCUCUCUCCUCCAGUGUGUGAGCAGCAUGAAGAAGAAGGACCGGGCAGGGGAGAAUAUUGUCCAUUGUUUAGAUGACUUUAAAAUGAUUGGAGCAAAUGGCUUCCAUGUGUGCUUGGUAUUUGAAUUGCUGGGUCCUUCUCUGCGAUGUCUGCUGAGGAGCCAUGGAGCCCAGGGUCUCCCCUUGCCCUUUGUGAAAAAAGCCUUACAGCAGGUACUGGCAGGGCUGCAGUUCCUGCAUACAAAUUGUCAGAUUAUCCAUACAGACAUCAAGCCAGAGAACAUCUUGCUGCAGCUGGAUGAGGAGAGUCUCCAGAAGCUUUUGCAUGACACAGCUGCCUGGAGCCAAAGCAUAAAUCUGGGCCUAAAGAAACCAGGAAUUCUUGCCAAUCAACUGGAUCAUUGCAAUAUAAUGAAAAUGGGAGUGAAAAUUGCAGACCUAGGCAGCGCAUGCUGGACUUACAAGCCCCUUUCCAAAGAGAUCCAGACCCAGCCAUAUCGAGCCCUGGAAGUUCUUCUUGGGUUAGAUUACAGCACUCCUGCAGAUAUCUGGAGCACAGCCUGCUUGGCAUUUGAAAUGGUGACCGGCGAGUGCCUUUUUGAACCCCAGGCCGGGAAAUAUUUCUCCAGAGAUGAUGAUCAUGUUGGUUGUAUCAUUGAACUCCUGGGAAGAAUUCCUCCUAAAAUUAUUUUCUCCUGGAAACAGUCAUCAAAAUUCUUCAGCAGACCAGGUGCUCUCCUACGGAUUUCCAGGCUUUUCCCCUGCACUCUGUACAACACCCUAAUGGACAGAUACAACUGGACAAAGCAUGAGGCCGCUCCGUUUACUAGCUUUCUUCUGCCAAUGCUGGAAUACAUCCCAGCCAAACGGACAACAGCAGUGAAAUGCCUCCAACACCCAUGGCUGAGUACCCAGUGUCCAGAUCAGCCUUGUGACUCUUUCUCUGGAGAUGGAACACAGAAUAUAAACUUAUUCCACACGACAUAGAACUAUACCAGAUGGCAAAUCUGUUGAAGAUGCAGGCCAUAGAAUUCAUAGUGGAAUUCAAGCACUGGCAGCCUCUCUCUCUCCCACUAUGUUCCUGUU